CAUGCGCAAGCCACAAGAUAGUCUGAAAAAUAAAACGGAACGCCAGCCAUUUUCAACAAAGUAAAGACUCAACGCGCACGACGAUAAACAAUAGAGACAAAUCAUGUCAAGGUACCAGAGCAGAAGAGGGUUCUCCCCAGUUCCUUUAAGUUGCAAAGUGUAUGUAGGAGAUUUGCCAUCAGGGGCCAGUCGUACAGAUAUAGAGGAUGCAUUCAUGAAGUAUGGGCCUGUCAAGAAUGUCUGGGUCGCUAGGAAUCCUCCAGGCUUUGCUUUUGUAUUUUUUGAAGACGAUCGCGAUGCUAAAGAUGCUGUCCACAACCUUGACAAUACAUAUCUCUGUGGAAGAACUGUUCGAGUGGAGUUGUCCUCCGGCGAAAAAAGGUCUCGAGAUCGUGGUCGAGGUUAUGGUGGUGGUGGUGGUGGUUUUGGUGGUGGACGUAGGAACAUUGAUAAUGAACGAUGCUAUGAGUGUGGUCAGAGGGGUCACUUUGCAAGAGACUGUCGUGAGAAGAGAGGAAGAUCUCCAGGUGGUUACAGGGGUAGUAGACGCUACUCAAGAUCCCUUUCUAGGUCUCGAUCUCGAAGCCCUCGACGAUCUCGAAGCCCUCGCCGUCGUCGUGUUUCCAGAAGCCCUCCCAGAUACAGGAGUCGCAGCCGCAGCCGAAGUCUUAACCGAAGCGGAAGCUAUAGCCAAAGCAGGAGCCAUGUUAGAAGCAGGAGCCGUUCAAGAUCCUAAGCAGUCUGGCGCAUUUUGAGAAUCAACGCUUGAGCAGAAGAAUCUGGGUAUUGGAUUAUGGAUUAUAUAUUGAAUCCCACAUAAGGAUUUAAAUCUGUAAAUAGGAUUUUCAUUUUCCAUUUCAAGUUUUAUGGUUGAGAUUAUUGAGACAAAAUUGUGCUGUCAACAAUACAUGCAGCUUUAUGCUAAUUAAAUAAAUAUUAUUCACAACAUUUCAGUGUAGAUAUUGAGGAAGACACACAUGGCAAUUUAAACAUAUUUUUCUACCUUGCACAUCCCAGUGUUCCUGUCCUCCAUAUGUGUUUUUUUUUUGGGGGGGAGGGUGUUCAAUUUGGAAACCCUCUUCUUGGUAGCUAGUAAUUAAAGGUAUUUGUCUUGAAUUUGUGUCAUCUGGCAACCACAGCAUCCGGCCGACCUAUUAAGAGAUGCAUAUAUCACUCGAGUCAGAGCGAUUUUCCAUCAUAUUACAUCAGGGUCCCGUCUUACAAAAAGUUACGUUUGAUCCGAUCAACCUCAUCUACCGGUAUCUGGAAAUCCAUCUCUGUCAUAAUUUUUCUCACAAAAAAUCUGCUCAAUAUCCUGUGUAAAGAGAAUCGCACUGAAUUGGCAAGAAAACUGACUGUAUGAUUAUGAAUAUACAAGGUUAUCUAGGAAACAUGUGGGACUAAUAUGCUUUUUAGAUCAUGAUGACGUUGCUGGAUUUCCAUAGUUGUGGUUGAUUGGAUCAAUCAUAACUCUUUGUAAGAUGGGGUUCUAAUACUUCCUGAGCCAAAUAAGUUACAAAUAAAUAGGUUUAUUAUACAAAUGAACAAGUGAUGGAAAGUGACGCUAGUUUGUCUCAAAGGAUCUUGAAAGAUUCCCACACACUUAAAGGAAUUUUUCAGCCCUUGCAAAUUGUCAUGACAGGUAUAUGUAAUAUUCAGAGUUACAUCAAUUGUAUGUAUGUACAUGUACAUAUCUUUAUGGGUAUGUGUGCAAAUUAUUUUCAAAAUUAUGUUACGUGAAAAUAUGGUUGUGCUUUCUGAUAUUUUGAAAUUGCCUGUGAACACUAGUAACUCACGAGAAUCUAUUUAUAGUGAAAUGUUGAAUGCUCACUAGUUUGAUUGUGAUUAUUCCACAUGUUAUGAAAUGUUAGACAUUACUGAAUAAAAUGUUUAGUCCGGUUUUGGCUCUAUGACUAUCUAUGUAGUCAAUAAUAAUUUGCCAAAUAGUUUUAUUGCAUAUUUUCUUUGUGUACUAUAUCCAUUGUGUAGUUGUUGAUCCUGAUGAUGUGAAGUCAAUGUUAUCUAUCAAUUUGUGGUGUAUGAAAGGAAAAACUAUUUUUCAUACUCACGAAGUUAAGCGCAUUCAAGGUUGACUCUCUACAGGUUUGAUAAAUUCCAUCCAAGAGUACAUGUAUGUUACUAAUUUACUUCAUAUCAUUUCUCUCACUUUUAAGAAAUCUGUUUAAUUUGAUUUUUAUUUUGUUGGUUCUUUAUGAAAU